UGUGUUAUUGAAAGAUGAUCCAUUUGUUUUUUCAUCUCAAGCUCGACAAGUAUUUUUUGUGCAAGACUCAAAAGAUAAAAAUUGGUCUCUCGUUAUUAAGACGAAACCUAGGGACUUGUAUGAUAUGGGAAAAAGGUUGGAAGAGGAGGACGAUGAUACUUAUACUCAGUGUAUGCCUUAUAAUGUUGUGCCAACUGAUGAAGUAAAUGCGCCAAUGAGUUUGAUCAGGAUGGAUGUUGAAUGAGAAUGUAGUUUCAUAAUGGUAACAAUAUGCCCCGAGGGAGACUUCAGUUGUUUUUUCUCAAAUGUUUUGAUGCUCCAGAAACCAGAAAUAUUUACACAAUAUUUUGCAGUGGAAGUCCUGCAGAACUUGUAUGACGAUUAUCUAGCUUAUUGUUUUCUUUGUAUUGAGACAGGGGAUGUAACUUGUUUAGCCACUGUUCCGGUGGACAUGAAAGCAGAAGCCCACUUCAUUGCAAAGGAGGAUGGGGUCAUUGCUGGAAUUUCUUUUGCAGAGAUGAUUUUUAAUGAGGUUGAUCCAUCAUUAAAGGUUGAAUGGUCUCAGAAAGAUGGAAACUAUGUUCACAAAGGCAUGCAGUUUGGCAAAGUAUAUGGAUGUGCAUGCAGCAUUAUUGUGGCAGAAAGGGUUGCCCUCAAUUUUAUGCAAAGAAUGAGUGGAAUAGCAACACUUACCAAGGUAGCUUUCCAUGUAUCAACUAAUAUUCCAUGGUCUUUUUUCCAGCCUCAAUCAGAAUAGCUUUACAUUUUGCAUGGUUCUUCAUGCACAUAUUCAUUGCGUUGU